CGGUAUAGCCUAACAUUUUGUGAUUACAUUUUCGGACGCCACGCUCUUUUUCAGUCUUACCCACGUUCCUGAAUCUUGCACCAGUUGCACCUAAAGAUUUCGGCUUACGGGUUUUACUCGAAUUCUUCGUUCGCGUUUUUGUGUCUUCUGCCUAACACAAGACAGGAACCAUGGACAAACCAGUAGUGUUAUCUCGCGUAUUGAAGGUUUUGGGGCGUACCGGUUCCCAGGGCCAAUGUACCCAAGUCAAAGUUGAAUUCAUCGGCGAACAAAACCGUCAGAUCAUCAGGAACGUCAAAGGACCCGUGCGCGAGGGUGACAUUCUCACGCUGCUCGAGUCCGAGAGAGAAGCUAGAAGGCUUCGAUAGGAUUAUCCUGUAGGUAUAGGGUCAUGUACGGUUUU